UCACAUAGAGGGUACCACGGACGGGAUGGGUGUAUAGGAAUGUGGCGAAGCCAGAGAGCGUAUCGGAUCAUAUGUACAGGAUGGCAAUGAUGGCUUUGGUGACUGAAGACAAAAGCCUUAACAAGGACAGAUGCAUACGAUUAGCUUUGGUUCACGAUAUGGCUGAAUGCAUCGUUGGAGAUAUUGCUCCUGCAGAUAAUAUCUCGAAAGAGGAGAAACACAGGAGAGAAGAGGCAGCGAUGCAACAACUGACCCAGCUUCUAUCAGAGGACCUCAGAAAAGAAAUCUACGGACUUUGGGAAGAAUAUGAAAACCAAUGUACUGCAGAAGCCAGGUUUGUAAAACAGUUGGAUCAGUGUGAGAUGGUACUGCAAGCAUUUGAGUAUGAAGAGUUGGAAAACACACCUGGCAGACUGCAGGAUUUUUACGAUUCAACUGCUGGGAAGUUUGUUCACCCAGAAAUACUCCAGCUUGUGUCUCUGAUUAACACAGAAAGGAAUAACAAAAUAGCUGCUGCAUCUCACCCACAUUCCUGAGGUGUUUCUAAAUGCUGUAGCUAUAAUAAAUACUUUGUUUUACAUUCUGUGCAUU